CAAUCAAAAGCUAACAUCGAGGGACCCAUUCGCCAGGUUCAAAGAGUAUAUAAACCGUCUCAACCCCAUCAAGUAACAUCACCAAUUCCUUCAGCAAUUUCCUCUAAUACUCCUAAGCAGUGCAACUGCUACUUAUCUUAUUUCUUCAUCUUUAUUUAGUAUAAUCAAAAUGAGCAGAGAAGGGGGAGACUGGAUGUGCAGUUCAUGCCAGCACAUGAACUUCAAGAAGCGCGAUUCGUGCCAACGAUGCAGGUGCCCUAAGUUCGGAGGCAGCCCCACCGACGUAUCAUCGUGUGGAAUAAACAGGACGGAGGUCUUAGCCGGGGACUGGUACUGCAAUACCAUAAACUGUGGAGCUCACAACUAUGCAAGCAGAACAAGUUGCUAUAUGUGUGGUGCAACAAAGGAAAAUGACUAUUGUGGGUAUGGUGGAGGCAUGGUGGCUGCCGCAGGCAUAUGUGAUGGCAGUGUCCUCCCUGGGUGGAAAUCCGGUGAUUGGAUUUGCACUAGACUUGGAUGUGGUAUGCACAACUAUGCUAGCAGGAUGGAGUGCUUCAAAUGCAAAACACCAAGGGGUUAUGGUGGUGCAGUUUAAGAAAACGGAAUCACAAAGAUCAUUACAUGGAGUAGCAGGAUCAUGAGUCCAGUUCACCUCAACCAUCUACUAACACCUUUUUCCUUCCAUAUUUCCUGGUUCAGUUUAACAAGCUUUAAAUACAUGUUUGAUGAUCCAUUAUCACAAGCAUAGCUAUGUAUUCGCCCGAAGAAGGGUUUUGAAGUUUAUUUACGGUGCAAGUUGUUCUUA